AUGAUGCCACAUGAUUCACUAUCACAUGUGGCGACAAGUUUUUCCCUGCAUCGGUCGUCACCAUCAAGCAACAGUUCAACCAAACGACGUUUAGCAUUAGAGGAUGACCCAACAGUUCUACCCCCGGCAUUAAGCUCAUAUAGUAUACAGUGUUUAAAUGAAAGAACCAAAACAUCCACACUUCCAUCUCAAAUAACAGGAAAGUAUGAACUAGAUUUCCCGGACUCGAAUAAUAAAAGAGACAAUACUUUACGAAACAAAUUAGCUGCACAUUUUACAAACGAAUCAACUAGAUCUCGUGAAAUAUCUAAUUCAUUCACAAACUUAUCUGAAGACAGAUCAAGCAUAAAUACUGCGCCAACAACAACCCCAGGCAGCAAAACAUUUGAAGACUUGCGCAGUAAACGGAAAAGAAGGUUUGGUAAGCUGUUGGGACCACCUAAAAGAGGUAUUGAUAUCGCUCAAGAAAGCACACCAGUUGGAGAUAAACUGUCCUCUGAGAAUGAAAGCAAGUCUAACCUCACACCGCAACUCAAACCGUUGAAUGAAAUAAAGCCGAAGGCACCAUCAUUAGAAAGAUUCUCCCCUCUUUUGAAAAGGAACCAUAAAUCCAUCGAGACUGACGAUACCAUUACAAAACGAAUCGAAGCAAGAAGACGAGAACAGAUGGAACAAGAGUUUGUGAAAAAAGAAAAGGAAAACGAAUUGGCAGAAAUGGAAAUAAAAAAACUUGAACAAGUAGCAGUACUACAGUCUCCUUUCGAAGAACUUAAGUUUAAUGAAUUCCAAGAACCCAAACAAAGUCGUGUACCACUACGUGAAAUACCUGUCAAUAGUGCUGAUGUUUUUCGAAAGCCAAAAGCUCCAAAAUCUGUUGUAUCUCCUUCUCCUAAUGUACAAAGCAACCCCAUUAUACCACCUACGAAACCAGUUUUUAGAAAUACCCUGCAAGACUUUCCACAACCUCCUCAACAACUUCAACAUAAUCAAAAACAUCAACAGGCAUUACCCUCUGCACCUAUACCACCCAAAGUUCAUUACGAUAGACCCCAACAUUCCGGAAAUAAACGAGCAUUGAUAAUAAAUGGCAAGCUGUACGAAAAAUUGGAACUUAUAGGAAAAGGAGGAUCAUCCAAAGUAUACCGAGUAAGAUCACUCAAUAACAAUUGUGUUUAUGCCCUCAAAAAAGUUGAACUUGGACAAUUUGAAGAUGUGAGUGGAUUUAAAGGAGAAAUUGAUUUACUUACCAAGUUAAAGUCAUGCGAAAGAGUAGUGACUUUAGUUGAUUACGCCACCACUGAAAGCUCGCUUUAUCUUAUAAUGGAGAAAGGUGAUCUUGACUUGGCUGAAGUUCUUCAAUAUAGGUUGAAAUUGGAUGCUCCUUUGGAUUUGAACUUUGUCAAAUAUCACACCAUUGAAAUUUUUAAAUGCAUAAAAGAUGUUCACGAUGCUGGCAUUGUACACAGUGAUUUGAAACCGGCGAAUUUUUUGUUUGUCAGGGGCAUGUUAAAAAUUAUAGACUUUGGUAUUGCAAAUGCUGUACCUGACCACACCAUAAAUGUUUACCGAGAGAACCAGAUUGGUACACCCAAUUACAUGGCGCCAGAAGCCAUAUGCGAAUCAAAUUAUACCUCAGCAAGAAUUUGGAAGGUAGGCAAACCUUCUGAUAUUUGGUCGAUCGGGUGUAUUUUGUAUCAAUUCAUAUAUGGGAAAGCACCUUUUGCUGGCUAUUCUGGCAACCAGAAAUUGAUGGCUAUAACAAAUCCGCAUAUAAAGAUUUCGUUUCCGAGCAGUGGCAUUGGCAAUACUCCGGUGCCUCUUAGUGCUAUCGAAUUGAUGAAAAAUUGUUUACACCGUGACCCAAACGAUAGAUGGACAAUAGAGCAAUGUCUAGCCUGUGAUUUUCUACUGCCGAAAAUAGUUAGUGAGAAUUUUAUUCGUGAAGUUGUUCACCAAUCUAUCAACUAUGGCUAUAACAGUAGAAUCUCGGGUGACGGUAUGACAAGUGAUAGAUAUGAUGCUUUGGUGGACUCUGUAAUGAAACAAAUACAAAACUUAAACUACAGCUAG